AUAGGCUAUCAUUUUCACUUUCUUAUAUUGUAUCUCAUUACUUGAGCAGACUUUGGAUUCUUGAAUGACUGAAGUUAAAGAAAGAAAGAGAAAGGCUGAGUAAAUUUAAAAGGUGUACAAAAACCCACAAGUCUCCUCUCACAGUCACAACCUUCAAGUUUCAAAGUGGAAGCUUUGAGAGAAGAAGAGAGAUGGGUAGAGCUCCAUGUUGUGAUAAGGCUAAUGUGAAGAAAGGGCCAUGGGCACCAGAAGAAGAUGCAAAGCUUAAAGAAUAUAUAGAGAAACAUGGAACUGGAGGGAAUUGGAUUUCUCUUCCACAAAAGGCUGGUCUUAAACGAUGUGGAAAAAGCUGUAGAUUAAGGUGGCUUAACUAUCUCAGACCAAACAUCAAACAUGGAGAUUUCUCCGAUGAUGAAGAUAGAAUAAUCUGUACUCUCUACGCCAACAUUGGAAGCAGAUGGUCAAUAAUAGCAGCUCAGUUGCCAGGCAGGACUGAUAAUGAUAUCAAGAACUACUGGAACACUAAACUGAAGAAGAAACUUAUGGGUAUUAUUAUUCAUAACCAUAAUAAUCAUCCUGUUUCUUCCAGAAAAUUACCCCACCACUUAAUUACUACAACCAGUUUCUCUUCUCUUCUUCAACCUAAUUCUUCAUUACCAUCAUCACCAUCUACUGCACUAUCAUCAUCAUCAUCAUCAUCGCCAUAUACCCUAGCUAGGUCUUUCAGUUCUGAUCAACCCCUUUUUCCAUUUUCAAGUCCUUUGGGCAACAAUAAUAAUAUUCCUGCAAAUAUGCUCCAAACCCAAGAAAGCCUUUUUGGUGGUAUGCAAAACUAUAGUCAAGUGAAAGAAAGUUCUCUUUUAAUGUUUGGAGGUGAAGCUAGCUGCAGUUCUUCUGAUGGGAGCCAUGGCGGUGCAAGUAAUAAUGAAGAAAUGGGUUUUCAAAGUUAUUUAUAUAAUGGGGUUGAAGAGAGCCAGAAGUUAUUACUGCCUGGUGGUGGUGGUGGUGGUGGUGGGUGGUGGGAGAAGCAAAAUGGUUUAUGGGGGGGAAAUGCAAAUACAAUUAUGGAUUAUGGAUUAGAAGAGAUUAAGCAGCUAAUUAGUAGUGGUAGUAGUAGCAUUUGUAACAACUUUUUGUUUGAAGAAAACAAGACAGAGGAAAGGGUCAUGUACUACUACUGAUGCUGACUGUGAGAGUGAGUAAAAUCACAAAGAUUUGAAGUGGUAAAAGAAAGAAAGAAAGAAGGGAUGUGAUAUAUAAUAUAUAUAUUAUGGUAGAUUUUGAAUUGAAAACUUUUAUUGAAAGUUUUUUCAGAUUUUGUUGGAAUGGGAUUUGGUGUUUUCCCAUUUUUUAAUUUUUCUUUUGACAGUACAUGGUAAAAGCUUUUCUUUGUGCAUCUCUUUUUGGGAAA